AUGACCGCGUUUGAAGAAUUUGGUGUUAUGCCGGAGAUUUCCAAAGCAAUCGACGAGAUGGAGUGGAUGUUGCCGACUGAUGUUCAAGCGGAGGCAAUUCCCCUGAUACUCGGGGGCGGUGAUGUGCUGAUGGCUGCUGAAACGGGAAGCGGGAAAACGGGUGCCUUCUGUUUGCCAAUUUUGCAGAUCGUGUGGGAAACCUUGCGCGACAUCAAAGAAGGAAAGGUAAACAAAGGUACUGUUGUUAAGAGCCAACCAUGGAAGCUUUCGUUCACUGAUCGAGGGCAAGCGAUGGCCAUCACGCCCGACGGUUUACGUUGCCAAUCGCGUGAGUUCAAGGAUUGGCAUGGGUGUCGGUCAACCACUGGCGUUCGCGGCGGCGGAAAGUAUUACUACGAAGCUACCGUUACCGACGAGGGUCUCUGUCGAGUGGGCUGGUCAACGGAUCAGGCCAAUCUGGAUCUGGGCACCGAUCGGUUUGGCUUUGGGUUUGGUGGAACGGGCAAAAAAUCCAACUGUAAGCAGUUCGAUAAUUACGGCGAAGCCUUUGGUAAACAGGACGUGAUCGGAUGUAUGUUGGACCUCGACAAAGGAGAGGUUGGCUUCACGAAGAACGGAGUUUUCUUAGGAGUUGCAUUUAAAAUCAAUGAAGCGAUGUUGCGCAAUUCUUGCUUCUACGCGGCGGUUGUUUUGAAAAACGCCGAGAUGGCUUUUAAUUUUGGCCAGACAGACUUCAAGCAUGCUCCACCGCAGGGUUACUUGGCACUGUUCGAAGUUGCGAAGGAGGCAACGAUCCAUAACCCGAACACAGGAGCAUGUGCCAGUGCAGAUGGCGAAGCGGACAAACCGAAACCGAACGCGCCCCAAGCCAUAGUUAUUGAGCCCUCCCGGGAACUGGCAGAGCAAACGUUCAAUCAAAUAAGAAAAUUUAAGAAACAUCUUAAGGACCCCGAGGUGCGCGAGUUGUUGCUGAUUGGUGGUGUGAAUGUCCGCGAGCAGAUGGAAGUAUUGCAACGCGGUGUGGACAUUAUCGUUGCCACUCCCGGCCGAUUAGAAGACCUGAUCGGUGGUGGAUACGUGUUGCUCAACAGUUGUCGGUUUUUCGUGCUGGAUGAAGCGGACGCUUUGCUCAAGCAGGGUUACACCGAUAUGAUUGAUCGUCUGCACAAGCAGAUACCGAAAAUUACGGCAGACGGCCGGCGGCUGCAGAUGGUUGUUUGCAGUGCAACGCUCCAUUCAUUCGAGGUCAAAAAGAUGGCCGAACGAUUGAUGCACUUCCCAACGUGGGUGGACCUGAAGGGCGAAGAUGCGGUACCGGAAACCGUCCAUCACGUUGUGUGCAUGGUCGAUCCGCAGAAAGACAUUAGCUGGCAGACCAUGCGCAGCCACGUUCAAACGGAUGGGGUCCACGGCCGUGAUAACGUGCGCCCCGGUUCCAACACCGCUGAAACUCUGUCCGAGGCAAUAAAAAUGUUGAAAGGCGACUACACCCUGAAGGCGAUCGACGAACACAAUAUGGAUCGGGCCAUCAUCUUCUGCCGGACAAAGCUCGAUUGCGACAACUUGGAGCGCUACUUGCGCCAGGUUGGUGGACAGAAGUAUUCUUGCGUGUGCUUGCAUGGCGAUCGGAAUCCGAAGGAACGUAAAGCCAAUUUGGAGAAGUUUAAAAACAAGGAAGUGAAAUUUUUAAUCUGCACCGACGUUGCUGCCCGUGGGCUAGACAUUACAGGAUUGCCGUUCAUCAUAAACGUGACGCUUCCGGAUGAAAAAUCCAACUACGUGCAUCGUAUCGGGCGCGUUGGUCGCGCCGAUCGUAUGGGGUUGGCUUUUUCGUUGGUGGCAACGGUGCCGGAAAAGGUCUGGUACCACGGGCAGUGGUGCUCUUCAAGGGGAAAGAACUGCUGGAACACUGAGCUGACCGAUGUCAAUGGGUGUUGCAUGUGGUACGACGAGAAAAUGUACUUGGGCGAAAUAGAGGAUCAUCUGAAUGUCACCAUCCCUCAGAUCACCAAGGAUAUGAAGGUACCAUUGAAUGAAUUUGACGGAAAGGUUGUGUAUGGUGAAAAGCGUUUAAAUACUGGAACUGGCUACAAGGAUCACGUCGAGCAGCUGGGCCCAGUUGUCCAGGAGCUUGCACGUUUGGAAAAAGAAGCCCAAACUUUGUAUCUGAAAAGAAUGACGGCUUAA